CGGCCUGCUCUCCCGGCGCGGCCGCGGUCCCUGCUGCAGCGCGCCGCCUGGGUGGCUGGGCGGUCCAUGGGCAGCAGCGAGGGCCACGAUGACAGAUUACGGCGAGGAGCAGCGCAACGAGCUGGAGGCUCUGGAGUCCAUCUACCCCGACUCCUUUACAGUAUUAUCAGAAAAUCCACCCAGUUUCACCAUUACUGUGACAUCUGAGGCUGGAGAAAAUGAUGAAACUGUCCAGACUACCCUCAAGUUUACAUACAGUGAAAAAUACCCAGAUGAAGCCCCUCUUUAUGAAAUAUUCUCCCAGGAAAAUCUAGAAGAUAAUGAUGUCUCAGACAUUUUAAAACUAUUAGCAUUACAGGCAGAAGAAAAUCUUGGUAUGGUGAUGAUCUUUACUUUAGUGACAGCUGUGCAAGAAAAAUUAAAUGAAAUAGUAGAUCAAAUAAAAACUAGAAGAGAAGAAGAAAAGAAACAAAAAGAAAAAGAAGCGGAGGAAGCUGAAAAGCAAUUAUUUCAUGGCACUCCUGUUACAAUUGAGAAUUUCUUAAGUUGGAAGGCCAAGUUUGAUGCAGAACUCUUGGAAAUUAAAAAGAAACGAAUGAAAGAAGAAGAGCAAGCAGGAAAAAAUAAAUUAAGUGGGAAACAGCUAUUUGAAACAGACCAUAAUCUUGACACAUCUGAUAUCCAGUUUUUGGAGGAUGCUGGAAACAAUGUGGAGGUAGAUGAAUCUCUGUUCCAGGAAAUGGAUGACUUGGAGCUAGAGGAUGAUGAGGAUGAUCCAGACUACAAUCCUGCUGACCCAGAGAGUGAUUUGACUGACUAAUGGACUAUCCGCAUCCGCAGAGAGGCGUGACUGCCACAGCAUCUGUGGCUGUGCUUAGGUGUUGAUUUUUCUUUCUUUUUUUCUAAGAAAAAAUAAUUCUCAGGAGAAUAUUCUUCUGAUAGCUUUCAUCAUUGAACUUAAUAAACUGACCUUAAAAUUUCAAAUAUAAAA